CGGCGUCCAUCUUAGCUUAUCAUCUCGAUCCUAGAUCGUUCCAGCAACAAAAACACCUGCUUUGAUCAUCCUCUGCUCGACCCUAGCUCGCACGCACGAUGGCUAUACAUGCGCUCCUCAUCUUCAACAACAAGGGACAACCCCGACUGGUCUCCAUCUACGCUCCUCUCUCUACGCAGAUUCAAGUAGCGCUAGUAUCUCGAAUCAAGACUCGUAUAUUCGAUCGACCGUCCAGUCUUAGCGUGGGUGCAGGCCGAAGCAAUAGGGCUAGAGCUUCUUCUUCGAGCGCAAGUGGUGCUCAGACAAAUGCAGAGCUAGGCACCGAAGAGUACGCCGAGUCCAACUUUUUGGACGGGAGCGAAUUUGCGCCGGUGUUCUUGUCUGCUAGCGGCAGUAAGGGCAAAGCGAGACGGAACGAAGAGGCGGAUGAUGGAGCGGCAGCAGCAGCAGCAGAAGUGGGAGAUCGCAUCGGCAUUACAAAGGGAAGAGUGGAAGGCGAUCAGGAGGAGGAAGAGCAAGAGAGAUUGGGAAGAGGUUGGAAAAUCGUUUGGAGAAAUUAUGCGACGCUUUACUUUGCGUGUAUCGUGGACGAGAGCGAGAGUCCGUUGGGUAUAUUGGACUUGAUACAGGUAUUUGUGGAAGCGCUGGAUCGAUGUUUCGAGAAUGUGUGCGAGCUUGACCUCAUCUUCCAUUUCGACGAGGUACAUGCCAUCUUGUCCGAGAUCAUCCAAGGUGGUUUAGUGCUGGAUACUUCUCUAGAGUCCAUUUGUGCGAAUGCUAGCGCGAGUGCACGAGCGAGAAAAAAGAGCGCAGCGCAAAGCUCAGCCGUAGCUGCUGCUCUACCUGGUUUGGCCGAUUGGAUAGCUCCUGGAGGUGCAGCCUCUGGUACGUGGGGAGAUAGUUGGAGAAGAGAGAUAUCUAGGUUUACGCAAUAAGCUGGCGCUAGUCUUUGGUGCUGGCUGCCCGCAAAACUUUUCAGAGAGACCAACGCAAUGCGACAAUUGCCUGCUCGUGGAAUAGAGUGUUUGUUCACUGUCGAUACGCUCUCAUCGCCAAGAGGAGUGCUUCUGUUCUGCGUUGCAGCACCUCGACCAGCUGCAGACUGU